AUGCUGCUGCUAGAGCUACUACUACUAAUCUCCAUGCCCAUUCAGGCAGAGGAGUCAGUGUGUAGGAGACUGGGCACAGCACUGCUGCCUGAACUGACCAAAGAGGGUGAUUUCAACAUUGGAGGCAUCUUCAACUUUCGCACAGGGCAGGAUGGACAAACAUUUACAUUUCAGAGCUUACCAGCACAAGCAAAAUGCAAAACUUUCAGUUACAGGGAGGUCCAGUUUGCCUUCACCAUGAUCUUUGCAACAGAGGAGAUAAAUAAAAAGUCAAAUAUUUUACCAAACCACACACUGGGAUAUAAAAUCUACAAUGCAUGUGGUUUUGCAAAUAUCAUCGAGUCUGCAAUUGCACUGUCAAAUGGGCAAAGGCCUAUUAUCAAUGAAAGCAACUGUACUAAGGCAGACACUGUUCAUGCUAUAAUAGGCAACUCAGCAUCCACUCCAACCAUGGGGUUUGCAAGGAUAAUCGGUCGAUUUUCUAUUCCAGUGAUCAGUCAUUUUGCCACCUGUGCUUGCUUGAGCAACAGAAAAGAGUUCCCUUCCUUCUUCAGAACCAUUCCCAGUGAUUACUACCAGAGCAGAGCACUGGCUCAGCUAGUCAAGUACUUUGGCUGGACCUGGGUAGGAGCCAUAAGUAACAAAUAUGAUUAUGGAGUGAAUGGAAUCGCCACAUUUAUUACGGCAGCCCAAGAGGAAGGGGUGUGUAUAGAGUACUGGGAAACCUUUACAAGCACAGAUUCCGUGAGUUCACUAGCACAAAUAGUGCAUGUUAUAAAACACUCCACAGCAAAGGUGGUAAUGGCCUUCAUGUCUCAUGUAGAGAUUAAGGUCUUGGUAGACUUAUUACAUAAGCAGAACAUCACAGGACUGCAGUGGAUUGGCAGUGAUGCCUGGAUCACAGACAACACUCUCACAGAGAGCCUGGGGUAUGCUGCCCUUAUUGGUUCUGUAGGUUUCACUGUGCCCAGGGCUCAAAUCCCUGGACUAGACCUUUUUCUACAGGAAGUGAACCCCUCACGAUUCGCCAACAGCAUUUUUCUUAAAGAAUUCUGGGAAAGUGUCUUUAACUGCUCACUGACUCCAAGAGCAGGUCUAAGGACAUGUAAUGGCUCUGAGCAUUUUAAAAAUGUAAAAACUUUCUUUACUGAUGUAUCUGACUUAAGGUUCACAAACAAUGUCUACAAAGCUGUUUAUGCAGUGGCCCAUGCUCUCCACAACCUGCUUUCAUGUGAGGAAAACAAAGGCCCCUUUCCAAAUGCAACCUGUGCAAAGCCCUCUAACAUACAACAAUGGCAGGUCUUACACUAUCUGCAAACUGUGAACUUCAGCAUGGAAGUGGGUGAAACUGUGUUUUUUGACAACAAAGGUGACUCUCCUGCAAGAUAUGAACUGAUAAACUUGCAAAGGGCCACAAAAAGUACAAUGGAAGUGGUCACCAUUGGCUACUAUGAUGCAACCCAUCCUAAAGACAAGAGGUUUACCAUGAAUAAUGUCAACAUUGUUUGGGCAGGAGGCAGACAAAAGGUGCCAGUGUCUGUUUGUAGUGAGCAUUGUCCCCCGGGCACCAGGAAGGCUUUACAGAAAGGAAAGCCUGUCUGCUGCUAUGACUGCAUACCCUGCCCACAAGGAGCAAUUAGCAACACAACAGAUGCAUCAGAUUGCCUGAAGUGCCCAAUGGAAUACUGGUCAAACCAGAGAGGUGACAUGUGUAUCAAAAAGGAAGUGGAAUUCCUAUCAUACACAGAAAUCAUGGGGAUGAUUCUGACAAUUUGUAGCUUACUUGGGGGAUUUUUAACUACAAUUAUAUUUGCAGUUUUCUUUUACUACAGACAAACUCCCAUUGUAAGGGCCAACAACUCAGAGCUGAGCUUCCUGCUGCUCUUCUCACUGAGUCUGUGCUUCCUCUGUUCACUUACUUUCAUUGGUCGGCCCUCUGAGUGGUCCUGUAUGCUGCGUCACACAGCGUUUGGAAUCACUUUCGUCCUCUGCAUCUCCUGUGUUCUGGGGAAAACACUAGUGGUGUUAAUGGCCUUCAGAGCUACACUUCCAGGCAGUGAUGUCAUGAAAUGGUUUGGGCCUCCACAGCAGAGACUCAGUGUAUUUGCCCUUACUCUCAUACAGGUUUUCAUCUGUGUGCUCUGGUUGACAACUUCUCCCCCUUUCCCUUAUAAGAACAUGAAUUACUAUCAGGAAAAAAUCAUAUUAGAAUGCCAUUUAGGUUCAGCUAUAGGUUUCUGGGCUGUGCUGGGUUAUAUUGGAUUCCUGGCUAGUUUAUGUUUUGUUUUAGCUUUUCUGGCUCGCAAACUGCCUGAUAACUUCAAUGAAGCCAAGUUCAUCACAUUCAGCAUGCUCAUAUUCUGUGCAGUUUGGAUCACUUUUAUCCCAGCUUACGUCAGCUCUCCUGGAAAGUUCACUGUAGCUGUGGAGAUAUUUGCCAUUUUGGCCUCAAGUUCUGGUUUACUAGUUUGUAUAUUCAUUCCAAAAUGUUAUGUUAUUCUUUUCAGGCCAGAUGAAAAUACAAAGAAACAUGUAAUGAGAAAAACACCAAAUUAG